AUGCCCGUGCCGCCUUUGCCUAUUCUUUAUGCCGAAGACACGCCCUUUACAGAUUACUCCGUUGCCGUCUGGGGCCGCGUGUUCAAUGCCCUUCGGGACUUCUCGCGCCGCCCUGUCGCUGUCGUGCAGGCAACGCGCCGUUCUCACGUUGCGGAAGCCGUGAAGCUCGCCGCAGAGAAGGGAUGGCGCGUGAGCGUGCGCAGCGGCGGUCACAGCUGGGCUGCGUGGUCUGUCCGUGAUGAAGCUCUACUCAUUGAUCUCGGCUAUCUGGGGGAGGGGACUGGUGGUGAAGAUGGCAUUGUCUACGACAAGAGCACCGGGGUGGUUAGUGCCGCGCCUGCGAGGACGGGAAGGGAGUUGAACUCAUUCCUCGCCCAGCAGCUUGGCGGGCCCGACGACGACAGCGAAGAGGGCGUAGGGAGAUGGUUUCCUGGUGGCCAUUGUCCUGAUGUCGGGCUGGGAGGCUUCUUAUUGCAGGGUGGCAUGGGCUGGAAUUGCAAAAAUUGGGGCUGGGCGUGUGAGAAUAUCGUCGCCAUCGACGUCGUCACUGCCGAUGGUCGAGAGCUGCGCUGCUCCGAGACGGAGAACACUGACCUCUUUUGGGCGGCACGUGGCUCCGGCCCCGGGUUUCCCGCCAUCGUCACCCGCUUCCACCUCCGCACCCGUCCGUUGACGGGCAUGUACCAGUCUCUCUACUUCUAUUCCCUAGACCGGUUCGAGGAGAUUCUGAACUGGGUCAUCAAAAUCUGCCCAACCGCCUCGCCGACGACGGAAAUCGUCCUCCUCACUCUGACACCCCCUGGCGCAACAUCUCCGCAGGUGAUGGCGAACUUCCUCUCCUUCAGCCCCACGCCUGACCCCUUGAUUCCCCUUCACUCAAGCCACCCGUCCCGCCCGCUAUCGACAGUCUUCGCAACGCCGACGUCCCUGCCCCAGCAAUACUGCGACCAGGACGGCGCCAACCCGCCCGCGCACCGGUACAUCUCCGAGAACGCCUACGUCUCCAACGACGUCAGUGUCCCCGCUGUACUAAAGAAGGCCUUUACGACGCUACCCACGCCGCAGUCCUUCGCGCUCUAUUACUCCAUGAACCCGUGCUCCCGCCGGCCGCAACUCGGCCCCGGCGCUGCUGCGGCUACUGAAGCCGACAAGAAGGAUGGUGAAGUCAAGGCAAUGCCCGACAUGGCGCUGAGCAUGCAGAGCGAUCACUACUUCGCGCUGUACACUGUAUACCCCGAUGCCGCGGACGACGAGAGGUGUCUAGGCUGGGUCAGGGACGUCAUGGCGGAUGUUGAGAAGCAGUCUGCGGGAAGUUACCUUGGAGAUGCCGACUUCCGGUACCGCCGGACAAAGUUCUGGGGCGACGAGCAGGGCAAGAGGUUGAUGAAGGCCCGCAAGGAAUGGGACCCGGAGGGCAGAAUCUGCGGGUUCCUCGACUUCGAGGACAAGAGCGGUGCUGAGGGGCUGAAGAACGAGUUUGAGUGGGCGUGA